AUGGCGCCUUUUGAGGCUUUAUAUGGUAGGAGAUGUAGAUCUCACAUUGGGUGGUUUGAAAUUGGGAAAGCAGAAUUAAUAGGACCAGACUUCGUGCAUCAGGCUAUUGAGAAGGUUAGGGUCAUUAAGGAGCGGCUGAAAACUGCCCAGGGUCGUCAGAAGUCCUAUUCGAAUAUCAUGGAAAAUCAAAUUAUUAUCGGAGCACUCUUCCAAGAAGGAACAUUGCAAGUGAGGCCAUCGUAUUUCAAUGGACAAAAUUUCUCUCACCAGAAAGUGCGUAUGGAAAUAUACACAAAGGCCUAUGAUGUCAAAGUCUGGAGAGUUAUCAAAAAGCGGAACUACCCUCUGCCGGCCGCCGCUCAACCACCUGUUGAUCCUGAAGACAUAGAUGAAUAUACAGAUGAGCAAAUGCCAGUUGUGCAAGUUAUCGAUAAGGAAAGGAAUCUGCUUUAUAAUGCUAUAAGUGGUGAGGAAUAUGAUAAAAUCUCCUGUUGCGAUACAUCCAAAGAUAUGUGGGAUAAACUUGAAUUUACGUAUGAAGGAACCGAUAAAGUGAAAGAAACUCAUAUCAACAUGUUGGUUCAUGAUUAUGAACUCUUCCAAAUGAAAUAUGAAGAAUCUAUUGAGGAGAUGUUUGCCAGAUAUAGCAAAAGCAUUAGCGAUCUAAAAGCUUUUAGCAAACCAUACUCAAGUGGCGAUCAAGUUAGGAAAAUUCUUAGAAGUCUAUCCACUACUUGGCAAACAAAAGUGGUUACACUUGAAUCGCAGGAUUUGAACAAACUAUCAUACGAUGAAUUUCGAGGAGAACUCAUAGCUUUCGAGAAAACUCAUAUCAAGAAAACAAACCAGGAAGAAAAGAAGAAAAUAGUUGCAUUCAAGGCCACAAUUGAAAAAGCAGAAAAUGAUUUUGAUGAUGACGCUGAAGCUCUUCAAGAAGAAAUUUUCAUGGUGUCAAGGAAUAAGGAUGGUUUAAUGAAGAGAUACAUGAAUGAAAGAAGAGGAAGGAUACUACCCAGGCGAACCAAGCAAUAUAACGAACAAGACAAAAAUGAUGGAAAAUGCUAUGAGUGUGGAAGAUUCGGGCAUGCUCAAGCUGAAUGUUCCGAUCUUCAAAGAAAAGUUUCUAGAGGCUUCAACAAGAACAAAUCAUUUAGAAGCUGGAGUGAUGAAGACAGUUCAGAACACGAAGAGAUAGCAAAUCUUUUCUUCAUGAUAAUUCUGGAAAAUGACAUGAACAAACUCUCAAGGUGCUGGACAGAUGAGGACACUUCAGACGAUGAAUGCAAAGAUGAAAAUGAGAAUUGUUUUAUGGGACGAGGUGAAACAAGCGAGGCGACUUACAAGUCAACUAGAGAAGGACCAGCCAGAAUAGAGUCCACUAGUACUAACACUAAUGACAGAUCCAAAAAUGGAUAA